CACCCUUCUGCAGUUAAUGUAAGAUGUGGUUUCUCAGGAAUGAGUGACUGUGUCCCUGCUGCUUGAGCAGUCCUCUGCAUAUAGCAUCUGCAGCUACUGCCAUAGGAAGAAUCCAUCUACCUCUUCAAAAUAGAAAUCCUACUGAAUGGCUGAGCAACAGGAGCAAAAAAGCAACCAGAGCAGCAACAGGGGACCAGGGGAAACCACAGAGAACCUGCUACCAACCAGGCAGUGCUUGAAUUAUCACAAAUCAGCAUCCAGAAGAUCUGUCCAGAAGGCUAACAAAUGUAUUCAGGUUGAUCUAGACUUGGAAGAGGAGAACUCCAGUGCAGAUCUAAGACUUUCUCCAACAACCUGCCUUUCUAAGAAGCCUCAGCAAUGUCUAGGGAACGCAUCACCAUCCCAGCAAGGUAUUUCCUCAUCCUCCCAAGGACAGCCUGCUGUGCCAGCUCUGCUGCCACCCCCUCCGUCCCUUCCUCCUGGGCAUAAGGUGCUUCUCACACCCCUUCCUGUGCCUGGCACGUAUGCCCCAUCGCUCCCACCGCCUCCACCAUGCGGUAAUCCUGCGUGCAGCCAUCUCACCUGUGGAUACAGAGGGCAGCCCAACCUACAGAAGACACCAACAUUGAGGAUGAAGGUGUUUCACUGGCAGAAGCUCCCCUCUGAUGUGGUGAGACAAAGCUGUUCCAUGUGGGCCGUUGUACCAAGCGGCAGCAAGGAGCUCAUAGAGCCUGACUAUGCAAGCUUGGAGAUGCUUUUCUGUGUCCCACCAACACCACCCAAGGAGAAAACAAAGCCAAAAAAGAAGUCAAAAGAGAUCACAUUCAUCGGUCCAAAGAAAAGUCUCCUUCUGAGUAUAUUUCUGAAGCAAUUUAAGUGCUCCAAUGAAGAGAUUGCUGACAUGAUUCAGAAAGGGGAUAGAUCCCGGUUUGAUACUGAGAUACUGAAACAGCUACUUAAACUGCUGCCUGAAGGCCAUGAGAUAAACAGCCUGAAGUCUUGCAAAGAACAAAGAUCAGAACUAGCAAAUGCAGACCAGUUUUACCUCCAUCUCUUGGAAGUUCCUAGCUACCAGUUGCGGAUUGAAUGUAUGCUGAUUUGUGAGGAAACAAAAUUUCUGCUGGAGUGUCUGUGGCCAAAAGCAAAAGCCAUCAGGACAGCCUGUGAAACACUUCUUACUAGUCAGCGACUGCCAGUUUUCUGUCAAUUGAUUCUUAAAGUCGGAAACUUUCUGAACUAUGGGCAUCACACUGGAGAUGCUGGAGGUUUUAAAAUCAGUGCCUUGCUCAGACUAACAGAAACAAAGGCAAACAAAAGCCAUGUUACUCUGCUUCACCAUAUUUUGGAGGAGGUUGAAAAAAACCAUGCAGACUUGCUGCAGCUUCCCAGAGAUCUUGAUUUUGUUUCCAAGGCAGCAGGGUUUCACUUCGAUGCUAUGAGGGCUGAGGCAAGUGCCAAUUUGAAGAAACUGUUGGAAAUAGAGAAGCGUUUAUUUUUGUCCACGGAGGAUUUAAAAAUACAGCACGCAAAAUCUGUUCAAGGCAGCAUCAGUGCUUCAAAAAACCUGCAGGAGGAGUUUGACAGCAUUGAAAAGAAGAAGGACGAACUGGCUGAUUAUCUUUGUGAAGACCGAAAAAAGUUGUCCUUGGAAGAUGUAUUUAACACAAUGAAAACCUUCAGAGAGCUCUUCCUCAAGGCUUUACAGCUGCCUUCAGUAAUCCAGGAGAUGGAGAAAGGAUUGUGAACAUUCAUUCCUCUGCCUUGGUGGAUUUUCUUGCAUUGAAGAAAUUCUGUUAACAGCAUGUUGGUGUCAAAUUGCCCUUUUUUCCUUUUUUUUCUUCCCCCCCCCUUUUUUUUUUCAUUCUCUGAACAAUUCAGUUUAGGUUGGCUCAACCCAUACAUUUUUUUCCUAACGUUUUAGUUUGCUUUCAGUACAGUGUGUGCUGCUUAGGUAGCAGGACAACAUAUCCCUGAAUUCACCUCUUUAAUUUCUUGUGGCAUGUUAUAUGGAAACAUUCUCCCAGGGCUCACAGAUCUGCAAGCCUCUCAGCAGCCAUAAUAUUUCCAUGACAUUAUGCUAAAACACAGCAGGAAUUUAUCAGGCGAGCACGUGGGAGGCAUACAAUGAUGAAAGGCUUCUAGCCUCCCCAUAAGACUUCACCAACUGUACCUCUUUUUUUUCAGAAGCACCCUCCAUUCAGGGAAAAAUGUAUCUUUCUCUUUCUUUGUCAAGAAUGCACCAUUUUAAUCCUUGUUUUCUAGGCAUCCAGGGAAGGUCCCCAUAACCUCAAGCCUACAAUGCUCCUGUAUUUCUGAGAGAUUAACUCUAUUGAUCUUCACAAGUUUGUUUCAGUUGUUUGGAAGUUUUUGUGGAAGGAUCCUAGGAUUUUAUCUUCUAUAAAAGAUUUAAGAAACUUGUGCAUGUUUCUUGGGACUGUUUCAUGGAAAUAGCGGCAGGUUAUACAUAGCAAUCAACCACAUCUAUCAGUACUACGAGGCUUAGUAUUAUCAGUACUAUCAGUACUAUUUCUUGCUGCCAAACUCCCUGCAAAGGAGACCAGACGUCUCAACAGGAAUCCUAUCUGCACCAAUCAUCAACAUCUUCCUGGACAUUAUUAAAUUUUGUAAUAUGACACAGCGGCACACUCCUCUUAGCAUCAUAGAUCCCUACAACAACAAGCCCAACAACCACUGAUCUACCUACAACACACAGAUUAGCUGCAGACUGGUUGCAAUCAAAAGCAGGCGAUCUUCCAGGUGGUGAUGGCAAUGUUCUGAUGAUGAUUGCAGCUCUGGAACAAGGACUCCAUAAGCUUUUAAGAAAAUGGCUUUUUGUCAUCUUGAUGUUUUGCUGCAGCUAGCGUAGCAGUUCAGAGCUACUCUCUCUUAUGACUGUGUUACCUACCAAAACCCAGAAACACUCCUCCACUGAGUUAAAGUCUUCCUCUACUAGAAGUAAUAGAAGUAAUCAUUCAGAUUCUUUUCCUGCACUAAUCGUAUCACCCCUAUACCAAAACCUCUAAGGAAACCAGAGUCCUAUCUGUCUGCUUGAAUGUUAACAGGACUAGGAUUUAUGCAGCUUGGACGUGUCUGCUGCCGAACACUCGUGUAGAAAUAUAUCUGGCAAAUUCAAUGGGUGCCUGAAAAGAAACUGUGAAAUAUUGUUUAACAGAUUUGAAAGGUUCCUGACAUUUCUGGUAGAAAUCCCUGAAUGCGAUUAUAUAAAAUCAAGGUUGCUACAGGAUAAAUACCUAGAAUGCUAAUUAAGUUAAACAAAUAUUGUGUUUUGUGGACAAAGGGAUUCAUUAAGAAUCCCAUUUCAGUCCACAGUUGAAUCAAUUAAAAAAUCAGUUAAAGCAAUGAACUCAUUUGCUAGUAACAUCAUCAGAUGAGGAAGGGAUUGACCAGGAAGCUUUGUUGUGCUGUUUACUCUCAAACCCCAGCAGCUGAGCAA